AUGUCCGACUCCGUCACGGAGGGCCUGGAAGGUCAGAAAGUCUUCGAGCCCAGAAAGAGGUUUCUCGAUCUUGACGAGGAGGACGGGAAGAGGCCAGAGGAGCGAGACAUGGAACUGGCAUUCUCCGAAGAGAUGGAGGAGUCGUUUCUGGGCCUGCCGGGCUUGGGUGAGACCAAUCCUGCAGACGGGCGCCAGGCUGACCCUCCCAAGCAGCCCGCAGAAGCACUCCCAGCAGGCGGCCAGAGCAAGAUGGCCAAGAUGGCGCCCCUCCCCCUGGCGGUGGAAUCGGCGCAGGGCUUGCCUCAGGGAUCCAAGCGGAAGUCGGAGGUGUCAGACCGCAUGUGUGCAGUCUGUCUUCUUGUUGCCGCGAUCCCCAAGUUCCUCUUCUGCAAAAUGUGCAAACGUGAUGUGCAAGCUUGCAAGGCUGAUGCAGAAAGGGAGGGGAGACUUGCGCAUUGGACCCGUCUCACGAAGACGGCAGAAGGGCUUCGCCACUUGAUCCUCCACUACCAAAAAACAUGUCCGUCGCGGGGACAGGGCGUUCGCCGUGACAGCUUUGAUUGGGCGAGUUACUGCAGGAAAAUCUUCACGACAAAGCAGAAUGUAACUGGCAGCCUUCUGCAGUAUAUGGAUUGGAUCGAAUGGGAGAAGCAUGCUUUGUCCAAAGGGAAGACUCCGAAAGAGGCAUUUGACCAAUGGCAGGAUUGGGAAACCUCAAACGAGGACUACGACUUCAAGGGAAGGAAGGACUACGAAAAAAGAUUCGCAGUCCCGGUCCAAGACUAUGUGAGGAAGGAGACGAUCACUGGUGAGAAAGAGGAAGUCAGCCACGGCUGCAAAAUGAAGAAGGGCAAGGAAGCAGAGGCCUUGGUUGACUCAUGCCAUGGAAUGAUCCGGAGGGCGAAGGAUACCGCCCACGGAUUUGACUUGCAGCCAUUCAACUUUGGUAAGGCACAGCAAGAAGCAGACGCGGAGCUCGAAUCACCCGAGAAGUCUGGCGGCCUCGGUUGGGAUGCCAGUUCGGAAGCUCGUUUUGACGGUGACCUUGCCAGUCUUGCUGGGGAUCAGGCAGCUGCUUCGAGAACUGGGGGUGCUGAGGAAGAUGACUCGGGCAAGGGCAAGGGCAAGGGCAAGACCAGGACUCGAGAUGUCGGUCGAUUCCGGGUCUCCAGCUUCGAGAAGCAGCGAAAGAUUGUGACCAAUAUCGAGCAAGAGGGAAAGAAUGCCUUGAAGUCAAGUCAAGAGGCCUUGCUUGAGAACGAUGGUCGGAAGGAUCAAUUCAGCCACUUUUUCGAGAUCGUGACUGUGCGCCAGAGUUUGUUGCAAGCCAUCCUCGACAAGUCGCAGGAUGAUUUCAAGGCGCAUGUCGAGGGCAUGGACUCGAAGUGCCUUUCCUUUCAGCCAGUGCCGAAGGAUAUCCUCAUGAAAACAUGGGUCCUGCAGGGUUUGAAGGAGAGUCUUGAAACCAUCAUGCAAAAGACGACAAAGUCUGAGAUCGAGCUCCUCUGUUCCGGAAUGUCAGACCAGGCUGCGAUUCACAUUCAGCUCCGCAACUCCCUGAAGAAUUCCACCCGAGACCUUGACAAUGCCAUCAAGGCAGAUGCGAGGAAGAAGGAGCGCGAAGUUGAAGCAGCAGCCAAGAAGGCUGCCAAGAAGAAGCAGACAGCAGAUGGGGCAGCCGCAGCUGCAACACGCAAGGCUGCAGCGGCUGCAGCAAAGGAUUGCGAGAGGGGUGUGACGAUCCUCAGCACCUAUUCGGACAAGUUGAAGUUCAGCUGGUUCCCGAGGUUUCCCGAUGUGAGCAAGUUCAAGGCCAGGUUGGAGGAAGCCCUCGACGCUGCGAAUGCAAACCAGGCGGCGCUUCAACUUGUAGCCGAUGUGGGUGGUGGCAGCGUGCCCUUCGUGAUCUCCAACAUGCCUGAGAUCGCAAAGCUGGUUCAGGAGAGCCCUUCCCUCCGUUGCAUGGUGACAAAUUUUGGACACCAGUUUCCAGGAACACAAUUGUGCAGGGCUUCGGGUAGGGCCCAGUGCCCAGCCAAGAUGGACGAGCCCGGCGGGCAGCUUCUUAAGAUGAUGAUGGAGGCCGCUCCCUUUCGCAAGGACAGUGCGGUGCUAGACGAGCCGGGCUACAAAGACUUGGCGCCCAUCCUCCAGAUGGCGCUGUUUGGCUUCACACCGGAGAUGUCGUAUGUGGGGUUCGAAGAGCGUGGAAUAGGGCAACUCCGAUACGUGUUGCAGGGCAGCAGGCGAGUGAUCACAGCAUCACCUCGGGCCAUCCAGGAUCGGUUCAAUGCCGGCGGCGAUGCAGCUUCAUCGGUUUCGGACAUGAUCAACAUUUGGAAGUUCAUCGACCUGGCAAAGCUGACUGACUGCUCUUACAUGUUCGCAGGGGUUCAGAAGGCUGGCUCGCUCAUGUACAUUCCUCCAGGGUGGCUUGUGGCGGAGGAAGUCGUGAACGGGGAAAAGCUUGUUGGUUUCAGGGUUGGCGUCCUGCCAAAGCAUACGGAUGCAUGCGUGAGGGAUUUCAACGCGUUCCUCAAGUUGAUCCCGCAAGGACAUGCGUAUCAAAAACUUGCAACGCUGGCUCACAAGUGCAUCGCACAGCAGGCGGCGGCAGCUUGA